AUGAAUUUGAGGAGGGAUUUGAUGGGAAGGAGGAUAAGGAUUUCGCUUAGCAGGUCUUCAUUGUUGACGAUUGUUUCCAUUGACAAAGAGAACAGGGUUGAGCUUGUUUUGGUUCCUUCUGCGCAGAGCAUGGCGAUUAGGUAUCGUUUGAUAGAGAUACAAAUUGCGAGGCAGGGAAGUUUACAUGCAGAAAACCCUACUACUGGGAGUCGGUGGAGUAAGUUGGUAUGGCUAAAUGGGCCGGGCCGUAAACCCUACUUGGUAGAGUAA